AUGAUCGUCGGCGCGGCGGCGCCGGGCUACAACUGGGGCGGCCUGACGAACCAGCUCGUCGGGUUCUACGAGUUCGUCCUGCUGGCGGCGUCGCUGAACGCGUCCAUCUCCCACCCCAGCGUGCGCUGGCUCGGCCACCCGCUGGGCUGGCCCAUCGCCCACUUCCCGCACGCGGCGCUCUGGGACGUGGACCACUGGAACGCCGUCGCGGAGGCGCACGCGGGCCUCCUGCCGCGCCUCGUCGACGCGCCGGACGCGGCCGUGGAGCGCUGGGCGCCGCUGAGCUUCGUCGACCCGCCGGACGCCGCGCUCUUCCUCCACAACAAGGGCUUUAGGGGGGGCGCGCGCGCGCAGGCGCAGAUCGACCGCGUCGCCGCCUUCUACGCCGCGUUGCGGCCCGCGGAAUUUAUCGUGGAUCUCAUCGACCGGAGCGCGCCGAAACAGCCGUACGGCGCCGCGCACGCGCGGCUCGAGCGCGACGUGCGACACGACCGCUGGCCGGAGAUGCAGGAAGCGCGCGUGGGCCUCCGCGAUCUCUACGGCAUGAUGGCGGCGAGCGAGGACCUCGACGCGUGCCGCGCGGGCGCGGAGCAGCUCUACGUCGCCGCGAAUUUCGCGCUCGUCGACGACGACGACGACGCGCGGCUCCUCGGCAACGGCACGACGCCCUGGGCCGGCACGGCGCUCGCGUCGUCGGCGAACGGCCUCGUCGCCGACGCCGUGCAUUCCCGAGCCGCGGCCGCGCUCUACGACCGCGAGUUCCCGGCGACGGCGACGCCGCCGCAUCGCACGGGCUGGGAGAUGGCCGUGCCGGCGGCGGCGGCGAACUUCGUCGGCGGCGUCGUCGACUUUUAUCUGUGCCGCGACGCGGCGUAUUUCGUCGGCUACCCGCGGCUCUCGACCUUCGACGUCGCCGUGCUCGACGCCCGGACGGUGCGGGCCACGGCGUGCUCCUUCACCUACGACCGCGAAGGCGUGGCGCCCGUUCGUGACUUGAGCCGGCGCUACGCGACGGGCGGCGCGGCGGCGCUCCUGCCGCGGGCCGAGGCCUUUGGAGCGUCGGACGCGCUCUGCGUCCUCGACCCGGGCUUCGGCCUCGGGGAGGGCGCGAUGUACUUCGACCGGGCGCUGGACGAGGUACAGGUCUCGGAGGCCGCGCGGCUCUGGAUGCCGACGGUCUACCCGCUCAUCCGGGGCUUCGACGGCGUGGACCUCGAGGGCACGACGCGCCUCGUCAUGGGCGCCGCCGUCGAGGCGCGGAAGGCGUGCCUCAGAGAAGGGCGAGAAGCCGCAGUCGUCGAGCCGGCCGCCGCCGCCGACGGCGACGCCGUCGUCGAGGAGGACGUCGUGCGGUUGCACGCCGCGUCGGCGAUGACGGCGGCCGGCGGCGCGUACGAGACGGACAAGGUCGUCGAGCACGGCUACGAGCGGGUCUACUGGCGCUACCUGCCGCCGCGGGGCUCCGCGCCGUCGAUCUUCGAGAUCGGCGUCGAGCGCGGCCGGAGCCUCGCGAUGUGGCGCGCGCUCUACCCCGACGCGCAUCUCGUGGGCCUCGACUUCGGCGCGCUCAUGCCCGACGGAUUUACGGAGACGCGCUGGUACGCGGGCGCGGACCGGUCGGCGCGCACGGUCGUGGUCCGGGGCGACGGCGGCGACGCACGGGACCUCGCGCGCGCGGGGCUCGAUGGGCCCUUCGACCUGGUCGUCGACGACGGGAGCCACUGGCCCGAGCACCAGAUGGCCGCCGUCGCCUUCGCCUUCGGCGCGCCGGGCUUCCUCAAGCCCGGCGCGACCUACAUCGUCGAGGACGUCGAGACGUCCUACUGGCGGCGCGGCUCGAAGCUCUUCGGCAACGAGAUCUCCGGCGCGACGCGCGUCGUCGAGGAUUUGAAGGACCUCGCGGACGCCGUGAACCGCCACGUCCACGGCGGGCCGCGCGGCGACUGGACCGACGCCGUCGACACGGUCACCUUCGCCCACAACUGCGUCAUCCUCACGAAGCGGCGCGCCUACGCCGCGGGCGCGGCGAUCCCGCCGCGGUCGCCGGACUCGGGCGCGCCCUACCGCUUCCGGCGCUGCAUCGACGGCGUCUGCGACAUCCGGGGGUCCUCGAAUUAG